CGCUGCAAAGCCCACGAAUACUGUCCAAGGUCUUCAGUUUUACCUUUAUCGCCACGCUCAGUGGCCCAGAGUGUGCGCUGGUACCAACACUCGCCAGGCCCGCCAUGUCGUGGCUGGAGGACCCGGGGGCGGAGCUCUUCCGCGGGCUCCACCUCGGCGCGCUGUCCAUGGACCAGGCCUACCUGCUGGCCAGCAGCGGGGUCGCCGACCCCUUGUGGCUCUACUCGCUGUCCGAGGACUGCCGCAAGUGUCCCUACUCGCUGGUGGGAGACCUGCGCCCCGGGGCCAACUACACCGUCAGCACCAGGAGGUGGGCCACGUGGCGACUGGCCAGGUUCUCGGGGUCUCCGCCCCAGCGCCUGCCCGCCGGCAACACCAGCCGGGUGGUGUGCGAGCUGACUCCGGACGUGCGGGAAUUCGGCGUGUACGAGCUGGAGGCGACCAGCAGCGCUGACCACCGCUCCAACAUCACCUGCACCCUGCGCACCGCCAGGGACCCCGUCAACAUAUACUACCCGCUGCUGGCGUGGAUGCUGGCGCUGGCGGCGCUGUGGGCGCUGAGCUGCCUGCUGUCGCGAGUCUGCCGGAGGCUGUCCCGUCGCCGCCACGCAGUCAUCGUGCCCACCAGCGUGGAGCUGGCCGGCGAGACACCGCACAAGACCCAGCAGCUGCAGUCCGGGCAGCGCCAGCGGCUCAAGUCGCUCGACACCUUCCGAGGGAUCGCCAUCGUGCUCAUGAUCUUCGUGAACUCCGGUGGCGGCGGCUACUGGUUCUUCAGCCACGCCACGUGGGACGGCCUGCACGUGGCAGACCUCGUCUUCCCCUGGUUCAUGUGGAUCAUGGGAGUGUGCAUUCCCAUCUCCAUCAGGUCACAGCUGAGGAAGAAGAUUCCCAGGCUCAAGAUGCUGUGGGGAAUUCUGCGGAGGUCCAGCCUGCUGUUCCUGCUGGGGCUGUGCGUGAACACUGUGGACGGGGCGAGCCUGGAGCACAUCAGGCUGUUCGGCGUGCUGCAGAGGUUCGGCCUGUGCUACCUGGUGGUGGCUUCGCUGAGCACGCUGCUCACCAGGCGGAGCUACGACCAGGCCAAGGUGUCGUGGCUGGCGCCCUUGCAAGACGUGCUGGUGCUAUCGCCGCAGUGGCUGCUGGUGCUGGGGCUGGCGGCGGCGCACUGCUACCUCGUCUUCUUCCUCCCCGUGCCCGGCUGCCCCUCGGGCUACCUGGGCCCGGGAGGCGACCACGAGGACGGCCUGCACAGGGGCUGCGUGGGCGGAGCCACGGGGUACGUGGACCGCCUGGUGCUGGGGCGCAGCCACGUGUACCAGCGGCCCACGGCGGCUCAGGUGUACGGCUCGGGACCCUUCGACCCGGAGGGGCUGACCGCCUGCCUGCCGUCCUUGCUGCAGGUGUUCCUGGGAGCGCAGGCGGGCUCCGUGCUGGGCUUCCACCGCGGCUGGAAGGCCCGCGUGCUGCGCUGGCUGGGCUGGGGCUGCCUCGCCGGCCUGGCGGGGGCCGUGCUGUGCCUGGCGGGGCGCGAGGACGCCUGGGUGCCCGUCAACAAGAACCUCUGGUCCAUGUCUUUCGUGAUGGUCACCUCGUGCUUCGCGUUCUUCCUGCUGAGCGCCUGCUACUACGUCAUCGACGUCCGCCAAUGGUGGAGCGGCGCGCCCUUCUACUACCCAGGCAUGAACGCGCUGGUGAUGUACGUGGGCCACGAGGUCUGCUACAGGGUGUUCCCGUGGCACUGGUCCGUCGGCGCCAUGAACACGCACGCGCUCGCCCUGUCCCAGGACGUGUGGGCCACCCUGGGCUGGGUGCUGGUCGCCUAUUGGCUCUUCUCGGCCAACGUCUUCGUGUCGCUGUGAGCCGCGCCCGGGCCCGAGAGAAGCACACCCGGGCUCCCAGGUGCCCGUUACAGGUAGAGACUGGAAAAAUUCGUGAGUUCAAUGACCUCCAGGAUAGACUCCAUAAUCCUCUGCCUACUUGGACAAACGGCACCUGUUCUUUGGGUGCUGAAUUUUGAGGCGUCUCAAGUGGGUAACUUGUGAUUGGAUACUUUUUUUUAUUGAUUGUCUCCAAUUGGCCAAGAGUCCUACAUAUUAACAGUGAACCAAUAGCAGAAGCAGCAAAACGGUAUAAAUAUUUGAAUUUUAGCAUAUCACGAAAUGAACACGCGAAUUUUUCAGGUCUCUAGUUACAGGGCAUCCACUAUCAGACACUAAUGAACCUGCAAACCUUCUGGACGACUUUAAAAACUCCCCCCUCCCUCUCAUUGCGUUUGUUUUUGUGAUACGUUAUAGCCUUUCGCAAACUGACCAACAUAACAAUGUAUUUAGCAUUUGGUUUGUACAGCAUAUUUUAUAUAUCAGUAAUUUUUUUUUUAAUAAUUCAAUGUGUGUAAGCAUGUGAUAUAUUAGGAAGACACAGCAUGAAUGUUAUUUACUUUGUAUACUUUUAUAAGUGUGAUUUGUAACUUAUAUGGGUAAUAAAUUUAAAAAAAAAUAUAUUUGCAGCGUAUUUUAUUUGCUUAGUUAAGUACUUAAGUAAAAUCAUGCACCUAUUUUAUUCGUUAUUAUUUAUUGAACACUUAUUUUGUAAUGUAUUUUAUUUCGAAGUCAUAGCGAAGUAAUUAGAAUAUUCCUGGCAUUACUAAAAUUAUUUAAACCAUUUUUUUUUUAACUUUACUAGGCGAGUUCAACCUUGCAAGUUGGUAAAAAUUUUGUCGCGAGCACUUGUUACUAAUCACAGCAAUGACAGAAAGUUUUAAAAAUGAAGUGCUCAGCCACUCUGUGUCGUACCAGGGAUAAGGGUGUACAGAUACCAAACUAGUCUUUCUUCGGAUUCUUCCUCAUGUCGAUUAAAUAAUAUUGCUAUCGAUUGUCUAGUUCUGUUGGAUGCAACUUAUUAUUUGUUUGUGUUACAGAACCUGUAUCAAUGUUUUUGUAAAUCAUAGUUCAAACAAUUUAAAAUAACAAAAAAUUACUACUUUCAGAUUAAAAAGUAUGUCUUAUUUGUGUACUUAAUACCUUACUAAUGUUAACAUUAUACGAAAUUUACAAAAUUGUGUUUCAUUUUAAUUUUUUUUGACAUCAUCACUAUCAUUUAACAUCGGUUUACAGUCCACAUGAUUGCAAGGGGAUUUGUGACCCUGAUGCUGAUUGUAGACCGAUAGUUAAGGGCCGUGUUUUUUUUGUCAGUGAGGCAGGAAGAUAAGGGCGACGCUCGCUGGUGCUUCUAGCGCGGUAUCGCCUCUAAGCGCGAGGCUCUGAACUUGGACGGAGUCUUCUAUGAACUAUGAUAUCUGAGUGCUUUGGAGAAUCUGUACCGGGGGGGUUUUCGUGUCCAAAAAUUGUUCAGCAAACAGGCGUUUUUUUUAAAAAAAUCCAUUUCCACUCUUCUAGGUAUACAGUUAAAAAAAAAAAAAAAGAAAUACGGAAACAGAAGCUACUCCUCCGCUCUGAGAGGUUUAUGAAGUGCUUCGCGUGAACUCGGGUGUCUUGAGCAGCUUGUCCCGAGGCUCCGCGCACCGGGUGUGUGCACCUCGAAGCUCGACCCACCAGACAUCCUGCUCGCCGCUGACGGGAGACCUGGAGGUCUGCAGGGGGCGGCGCAAGGCAGUACAUCCCGGGAAGUUCUCGCGAGGCCCCGCAAUUACCGGCGCGGAGACGUACGGUCCUCGUCCCGCGCAGGGAUUGGACCGUCCUUCUUUCGUCUUUUUUUUUUUGUUUUGUUUUUCAAACCCCGAGCGCCCCCCCCCCCCCUCCCUCGUGCCCGCGGGCAAGUUUCGCGAGGUGGCGCGGGCGCCCCGGAAGUUGAGUCGUUUCACGCGCCACCGGCCGACCAAGACGUGCCCUAAACAAGACGGCGGGCCGGGCCCCAGGUAGGGGGCGGCUCCCCUGGGGCGCGCAAGACGGCCUUCUGGGAGUCCCCCGGGGCUCCAAGGGCGCGGAUUUACAAGCCCCGCUCGCCGCACAAGUCCACCUUCCUCAGCGCAGCUGGCAGGAGGCUUGGGCGGUCCUGCGAUCUAAUUACGAGCUCAGGCUUGAUUCAGCCUUUAAGACACCUAACUAUCCUGCCGUUAAUGAGUCCGAUAAAAAAAAAUAUCUCUGCGAAAUAAGUUGAGCCGCUGGAUACAGCGUGCCGAUCUUCAGAAGAAACUAUGCGAUUUAAAAAAAAUUCUCAAGAUACCCGAGUGACGUCUGUUAAUUAAAAGAAUUUAAGAAUAAGCUUGAUGUGGAUGAGUUUGUUAUUUUCCAUAUUUAGCUUUUAAACCAUAAUUUUUUAGAUCCUCAUUUCUCCGAACUUACUCUCCAAGCUCAUAGUUUCCACAUGCACGACGAGAAGACUGAGCGUCAGUUCAUAGCCUUGCUCUUAGAGGCGAUACCGCGCUAGAAGCAGCAGCGAGCGUCGCACUUAUCAUCCCGCCUCGCUAACACAAAUACACCUUUGAGUGAGAGUUCCUAGAUGUAAGUGGAUCUGUUUAAACGGAUUUUAAUUAUAAAUUUACUGUUUUUUUUUCAUAAGUUCCCAUUGUAUAAAAUUUUCAGUGGAGAUGUUUAGGCUUAUUUUCAGACACCAGCAUAUGGAACUUGUGCUAUGUGGCAGUGACGAUAAAUAAACUGGCUGUAUACAAGUA